GUUCGUCGACGAUGGCGUGGAUGGCACCAGUCACAUUGGCAUCAUGUAUUUCGCCAUGUACGUGAAAAUAUUGCAUUUGGACUUGAGCGACAGCAUGGCUCUUGACGACACCAAGUUCAAGAAAAUCGGAUAUCUCACCAAACUCAAAUGGCUCAGUCUGGAUCGUUGUACGGAAAUCAGCUCCAGCUCAUUCGAGAUCAUGUAUCGCUGGUUGAUUAAUCUGGAACAUCUGAGUGUGCGUUACACCAACAUCACGCGGUCUGUUCUAUGCGAUAUGGCGAACAGACUCAAGAAGCUACAGUACCUGGACAUUGGAUACUGCCCGGAUUUGGACGAAGUCGAUCUACGGUACAUCGCGGAAUUCUUCGUUACUCUGAAGACCUUGAUCGUGGACGGACUGGGGGGUGUGACAGACGUGGUCCUCUUUCUCGCGUUCACCCACAUACCGCAUCUGAAGAAGUUAUCGGCACAGAACUGCGAGUCGGUUUACGGUCACGUCACCACACACUGUCCCGAAACUCUCGAGAUCUUGGACAUACGCAAAUGUGGAGGCAGAUACGAACCGAACACUACCAUCUUCAACGGUAUCAACCGGCGUCGCGACGGUAGCCUUCUUGUGCGUUUUACGACGCCUUCUGACAGUGACGUCAACAUCAGAGUAUGAGAACUUAUCACGCGGUGGUUGUUAAUUUUGACCUGUUCAUAUGGUUUUAUCUGAUACGGUUUGUCUUGUUUGAUACGGCUAUACUCCCCAGUGAGAUUAUAAUAAACACUU